GGGGCUGUCGCCGCGGGUGCCCCAGGGAGCGGUCCUGGAGCGGGAGGAGGCAGGGCCGGGGUCGUCAGGCCCCAGCCGCCGCGGCCCGGAGCUCAGGUCGCCGGCGCCAGCCCGGACCACGCUCCGCCCCCAUGAUGCUCAGAAGUCGCCGGACGCGGAGCUACCUUUUUGUCCCGUUUCUCUGACCAGCCGUGCCUUGCACCGAGCCGGGCAUCUGCGGGCACAGCGAUGAACAGGGUCGACGUGGUCAGGUGACACUCCAUUGCCUUCUUCUCACUGACCUUGAAAUACAGCUCCGGAGACCUGAAUUACAGCUGGAACAAACCACGGGGUCACAAUGGCCAUGGAAGGCAGGGGAACAUUAGGCCUCACCCCCAGGGGUCCUGUUUUCCAGAAGCAGGAGGGGCGCCUGGCUGUGAAGCAAGAGCCAGGGAACCAGACUUGGGGGCGGAGCUGCAGUCUCCAGAAGAACCACCCUCCUGUCUGCGAAAUCUUCCGGCUACACUUCAGGCAGUUAUGUUACCACGAGAUGUCUGGGCCCCAGGAGGCUCUGAGCCGACUCCGGGAGCUCUGCCGCUGGUGGCUGAUGCCAGAGGUACACACCAAGGAGCAGAUCCUGGAACUCCUGGUGCUGGAGCAGUUCCUGAGCAUCCUACCUGGGGAGCUGCAGACCUGGGUGCAGCUGCAUCACCCCGGGAGUGGGGACGAGGCCGUGGCCGUGGUGGAAGAUUUCCAGAGACACCUCAGUGGACCAGGAGAGGUUUCAGCCCCUGCAGAGGAACAGGAAAUGCAUUUGGAGGAGACAACAGCUCUGGGUGCAACAGAGGAAUCACCUCCUACCUCACCCCUCAGCAGGGGCUCAGUCCCUGAAACACACCUAGAGCCUCCCCAUGACCCCGUGGCACAGCAUCUCCCCAACGGGCACUUUGCUCCACUUGCUUCCCCAGUUCCUGCCCUGGUGGGGAACUCAGGAGACCAAGCAGUGACAUCUGUGCUUCGGAUGGUCAGACCCCAGGAGUCUGCAGCAUAUGAGGACCUAUCUGUGGACUAUACUCAGAAGAAGUGGAAAGGUCCGGCACUCAGUCAGAGAGCCCUGUACCGGAACAUGAUGCUGGAAAAUUAUCGCAGCAUGGCCUCAUUGGCAAGUGAGAACAGAAUGGAGAGUUCAGAGUUGACUCCAAAGCCAGAGCUUUCUAAGGGACCUGGGUCAUCUGAGAGGACAUCAGGAGGACUUCAUGGUAUGGCUCUUGGGGCACCAGAGGCUGGAGAUGCCUGUGAAGAUAUCUUAAAGAAUCUAGAACAGCAGCCCUCAGAUGAAGAAGGGAGCAGACUAGAAAGUAAUUUCUUGGAAAUAACAGAUGAGGAUAAAAAAAAAAACAUAAAAGACAAAUGUGAGAAAUAUAAGGAACUCGGUGAAUAUUUUAACCUGUCCUCCAGUCCUGCUGAACAUCAAGGAGUUCUGAAGGGACAGAAAUUCUAUCAGUGUGAUGAGUGUGGCAAAGCUUUCAAUCGGAGCUCACACCUCAUUGGCCAUCAGAGAAUCCACACUGGAGAGAAACCCUAUGAGUGUAAUGAAUGUGGCAAGACCUUUAGGCAAACCUCUCAGCUCAUCGUUCAUCUCAGAAUCCACACGGGGGAGAAGCCCUACGAAUGCAACGAGUGUGGGAAAACCUACCGGCACAGCUCCCAUCUCAUUCAACACCAGAGACUCCAUGAUGGGGAGAAACCAUAUAAAUGUAAUGAAUGUGCAAAAGCCUUCACUCAAAGUUCCCAACUCAUUGACCACCAGAGAACUCAUACUGGGGAGAAACCAUAUGAAUGCAACAAGUGUGGGGAAGCCUUCAUUCGGAGUAAAAGCCUUACCCGACAUCAGGUACUUCACACAGGGGAGAAACCUUACAAGUGUAAUGAGUGUGGGAAAGCUUUCUGUUCCAAUAGGAAUCUUACUGACCAUCAGAGAAUCCAUACUGGGGAGAAGCCUUAUGAGUGUAAUGAGUGUGGCAAGGCCUUCAGUCGGAGUAAAUGUCUUAUUCGACAUCAGAGCCUCCACACUGGGGAAAAACCGUACAAAUGUAGUGAGUGUGGGAAAGCCUUUAAUCAGAACUCUCAACUGAUUGACCAUGAACGAAUGCAUACUGGAGAAAAACCUUUUGAAUGUAGUGAGUGUGGGAAGGCAUUCAGUCUAAGUAAAUGUCUUAUUCGGCAUCAGAGACUUCACACAGGUGAGAAGCCCUACAAAUGCAAAGAGUGUGGAAAAUCCUUCAAUCAAAACUCACACCUCAUUAUACACCAGAGAAUUCACACUGGUGAGAAACCCUAUGAAUGCAAUGAAUGUGGCAAGGUCUUCAGUUAUAGCUCUAGCCUUAUGGUACAUCAGAGAACCCAUACUGGGGAGAAGCCCUAUAAAUGCAACGACUGUGGGAAGGCCUUUAGUGACAGCUCACAGCUUAUUGUGCACCAGAGAGUUCACACAGGAGAGAAACCCUAUGAAUGUAAUGAGUGCGGGAAAGCCUUCAGUCAGCGUUCCACUUUUAAUCACCACCAGCGAACUCACACUGAAAAAAAACAUUAUGUAUGUAGUGAGUGUGGGAAAGCCUUUAGUCAGAGUGCAAACCUUACAGUACAUGAGAGAAUCCACACAGGAGAAAAGCCCUAUAAGUGUAAGGAGUGUGGCAAAGCCUUCAGCCAUAGCUCCAACCUUGUGGUUCAUCGGAGAAUCCACACUGGACUGAAGCCCUACACGUGCAGCGAAUGUGGGAAAUCGUUCAGUGGUAAGUCACACCUUAUUCGGCACCAGGGGAUUCACAGUGGGGAGAAAACCUAUGAAUGUAAGGAGUGUGGGAAAGCCUUUAGUCGGAGUUCAGGUCUUAUUUCACAUCACAGAGUUCACACUGGGGAGAAGCCCUACACAUGUAUUGAGUGUGGGAAAGCCUUUAGCCGUAGUUCAAACCUUACUCAGCACCAGAGAAUGCACAAAGGAAAAAAAGUUUACAAAUGUAAGGAGUGUGGGAAAACAUGUGGUUCUAACAUGAAGAUUAUGGACCACCAGAGAAUUCACACUGGGGAGAAGCCUUAUGAAUGUGAUGAGUGUGGAAAGGCUUUCAUCUUGAGGAAGACCCUUAAUGAACAUCAGAGACUUCAUCGUAGAGAGAAGCCCUACAAAUGUAAUGAAUGUGGGAAAGCUUUUACUUCUAACCGAAACCUUAUUGAUCAUCAGAGAGUUCACACUGGAGAGAAACCCUAUAAAUGUAAUGAAUGUGGGAAAACCUUCAGGCAGACUUCUCAAGUUAUUCUACAUUUGAGAACCCACACAAAAGAGAAACCCUAUAAAUGUAGUGAGUGUGGGAAAGCCUAUCGUUACAGCUCACAGCUUAUUCAACACCAGAGAAAACAUAAUGAGGAGAAAGAAGCCUCGUAAAUAACAUAGAUUAUUGGUAGUAGGGUUUAUUGCUACUUUUCUGAAAAGCAGUUUGUCGGUAUCUUCAACCUUAAUUCUACUUCUAAGAAUUCCUGUAGGGAAAGUAAUCAGAAGUAGACAAAGAUCAACGAAAGGGAUAUUCAUGUCAGCAUCAUAUAUAAUUAUAAGAAGAAAACUAGGUUUUUAACAGUAUAAAGUUUAAAUGAGUGAUAAUCCAUCCCAUAAGACUGGUUUUGUAGCCCCUAUAAAUAUUUGUAAAGAAUAUUUAAUGCCACAGAGAAAUGAUUUGGAUUAAAUGAAAGAUAAAGAAAAAAACAAUGAAGAACGAUCCAAUAAAAAAUAUAUACAUAUAUAUGUACACACAUACAUAUGUACACACACAUGUGUUAUGGGUGUAUAUAUGAAAAAAUGGGAAGGAAAUAAAUCAAGCCAAAAUGUUAACAGUUAUUUCUGGAUGAUAGGAUUAUAGGUGAUUUCUAUUUUCUUUAUACUUUUCUAUGUUCUGUAGAUUUUCUACAAUGAGAAUGUACUACUUUUAUAUUCAGUAAAAAUGUAUUUAUUUUUUAAAUGUAAUGAGCACAUGCUCAUUUUCACUGAACAGUGUUAUGAAAAAAGCACAUAGAACAUAGAGCCUUACAUUCUGGGGUUGUACCCUAAUGCUGGCAUUUAGUAGCAGUGGAGCCAUGGGCAAGUCACUUCCUUUGAUAACCUGUUUCCUAUUCAGUAAAAUCAUAGUAAACAGAUACUAUGAUUAAUAAGCUGACUUAACAAUUGUCAACAAAGUAUAUACUCUCCUUAUUUAAUUACUGUUGGGUUAGAAGAGGAAACCCUGAUGGCCUAGUAGUUAAGAUCUAUGACUGCUAACCAAAAGAUCAGCAGUUUGAAUCCACCAGGCGGUCCUUGGAAACUAUGGGGCAGUUCUACUCUGUCCAGAGAGUCUCUAUGAGUCAGAAUUGACGUGGUGGCAACAGGUUUCGUUUUUUUUUUUUGUUUCUUGGGGGGUUAAAAGAACAGCAAAAUUCCCUGUAUCCUUCUCUCACACAGUUUUGGAAGAAUCUGGAGAUAAAGGAGUACACUUAGGCUCCAGAACAUUGUGUCCUUAUGAAAUUGAAACAAUUGGAGGUUCAGAAACCUUAAUACCACCAUAAUAUAAAACCAGUAGAAGACUUUGCCUUCACGUGUUAUGUUUAGUUUAGUGACUAACAGCACUGACUUUGCCUUUGCCUUCACGUGUUAUGUUUAGUUUAGUGACUAACAGCACUGACUUUGGGAUUAGAGAAAUCUGUGUUCUAAUCCAGAUGUGCCACUUAGUAGUUUUUCGGUUUUGAAAAAGUCACCUGCUCUGAGCCUCAGACUUACCUAUGAAAAGGGAAUAACUACCUACCUCACAGGGUUGUUGUGAGAAUUAAAUGAGGUAAUACAUGUAAUGUUUGACAAGCCUGACACAUGUUAAUGUUUCUGAACACUUUGAGAAAGUGAAUCAAGGUAAAUUUAUGGUACCAUUUAGGAUAUUCUCAGGUGUAAAGAACAGAAAACUAAGUAAUAGUAGCUUAAACCCUAAGAACAGAGAUUGUUAACUUAUGGGGAGGUGUAGAGGUAAGCAAUUCCAAUUUUGGUUUGGCAACUCAAUAGUUCAUCAAAGUUCCACCUUUACUCCAUACCCAACCCACUGCCACUGAGUUGAUUCCGACUCAUAGCGACCCUAUGGGACAGAGUAGAACUGCCCAACAGAGUUUCCAAGGAGUGCCUGGCGGAUUCAAACUGCUGACCUCUUGGUUAGCAGCUGUAGCACUUAACCACUACGCUACCGGGGUUUCCGUCUUUACUCCAUAAUCAUAAGCAUAUUGGCUUUUGUUUUUUGCAUCCUUACGGUUGCAAGAUGGUGGCCAUAGCUGCAGACCUCUUUUUCCUUACAUCGUCCCUUUAAAGUCAGGAAGUGAGGGAAGGGAGCUGGGCAUUUCUCCUCUGCUUCCUUUCUCCUUUCAUUAUUGAGAAAAGUCUUUCCCAAAAAAAGGGACAGUUGCUAAGCAGUCAGUGCUACAGAUGCCCACUAACUUUCCCUGCCUUUCUUUAUGUCCAUCCCUUUAAGAAGGCCUUAACCCAUCUUCAGCCCAUACUUAAAACUUUUAAGUCUCUACGUCAAAAUCUAUCUGGGAAUGCUUAGAAUUUCCCCAUUCUUAGUCCAUUUCUGUUUUCCCUUGUGUAUACCAAGCCCCUAAACUUAAUGCCAUUUGUCUUAUAUACAUACGCAUUGCCGUCAAAUCAAUUUCGACUCACAGCGACCCUGUAGAACUGUCCCUUAGGUUUCCAAGGCUGUACUACUUCCAGAAGCAGACUGCCGCGUCUUUUUCCCACAGAGCAGCUGGUGUGUUUGAACCACUCACCUUUCACUUAGGAGCUGAGUGCUUGACUGCUGAGGCACCGGGGCUCUUAUGCAUGUAGUGAUUUAUUAUUUCAGAAAUUAUUGAGGAUAUGUUAUCUCAUUUGAUCCUCACAACAUUUGUACAAGAAAACUGAGUCAUAGUGACUGACUAGUAGUGGUGCGAGCCAGCAUUUGAACUAGAUCUGACUUCAAAUUCCAUGCUUUGUUCAUUAUACCAAAAUGCCUCUGUCCACUGUGGUGGUUCUGUAUUUGAGUGGGAGACCACUUGGGGACAAUUACUUGACCCUGUCUUCAUAAGAAGGAUGCUAUCAGUCAUCUCUGGGUUGGAUUCCAGGCGGUCCUUGGAAACUAUGGGGCAGUUCACUGUCCAGAGGGUCUCUAUGAGACGGAAUUGACUCGAUGGCAACAGGUUUGGUUUUUUAUAUUUCUUGGGGGGUUAAAAGAACAGCAAAAAUUCCCCGCAUCCUUCUCUCACACAGUUAUGGAAGAAUCCGGAGAUAAAGGAGUACACUUAGGCUCCAGAACAUUGUGUCCUUAUGAAAUUGAAACAAUUGGAGGUUCAGAAACCUUAAGAAUAUCACCAUAAUAUAAAACUAGUAGAAGACUUUGCCUUCACGUGUUGUGUUUAGUUUAGUGACUAACAGCACCGACUUUGGGAUUAGAGAAAUCUGUGUUCUAAUCCAGAUGUGCCACUUAGUAGUUUUUCAGUUUUGAAAAAGUCACUUACUUGCCCUGAGCCUCAGACUUAGCUAUGAGUACAAGGUAUCUCUGCACCUUUUACUUUAGUUUUAAGGUCUUUAUAUUUCUUCCUGGCUGUUACUAGAAAGAAAGUGGACGGUGUGAAGGUUGUAUAUUUGUAUGAAAAAUGACUGAUCUUGCCCUGUUUUGAUAGGAUAGUGGCUUACACAUAAUUUUGUAAUAUAAUUGUUUCUCUUUGCUGGUUAUUCAAAGCAGGGUUUUGAGGGCCUUUAGCAGAUUUGCUGCAUUCAUGGGAUAGGACUGUAUUGUCUAUCACCCUUGGGUAGGGGCUUCCCCAGGGAUCUGGGUAGACACGAGGGUAGUGUAACCCACUUGUGGCAGUAGCUAAACAGCACUGCAGCAGUAAGGGUUCUUCCAUCAUCUUUUCCUUGUCACAUGUGCUUCCAAAAUAAAGGAGUUUGUAAGUAGUCUCAUGCCUUUUGUCAUGCUAGCCAUCUUCUCCUGCUGAUUAUCUAUACUCCUCAUGACCAGUGUCUACUGGCCCUGCCAAAACUGCCUUAAGAAAACAGGCAAUUAGCUGCCUGUGUGGCAGUUAGGAUUUUUUUUUUUUUUUUUUUGAGCAUUUAUUAUUGCUGGACAGAGUUGUUGAUGCUUUCUAUAACAUCGAGUGGAUAUUCUCUGACCAAAACAUUUUUCCAUUGCUGUGUCAUAGGGUCUGAAAUUCUUCCUUCAAAUAGGUUUUCUUUUUCAUUUUAAAAGACUUUAUGAUCUUCAAGAGUAAAUACCUUCAAGUCAUAAAAAUGAUAGCACAAAUUAAUGAAAAAGAGAACAGGAGUCAUAAAAUAAAGUUCUGAUACAUGCUACAAGAUGGACUGGCCUUGAAAACGUUAUGUUGAGUGAAGUAAGUCAGACACAAACGGGCAAAUAUUGUGUGAUCCCAUUUAUAUGAAGUAUCUAGAAUAGGCACAUCCAUAGAGCCCAGAGUUUAUCAGUGGUUACCAGAGGGGGGUGGGAGGUGGGAUGGGGAGUCACUGCUUAAGGACUAUUGAUUUUCUGUUAAGAGUGAUUAAAAAAAAGUUGGAAACGGAUAUUGGUGAUGGUUGCACAAGAUGAGUGUAAGAUCAAUGUCACCGAAUUGUACAUGUAAAAACUGGAAAUGGCAAAUGUUUUGGUAUGUAUAGUUUGCCACAAUAAAAGCUUUUUAAAUAAAAAAAUAAAAAGUACUUUCCUUCUAGGAAGGGUAGAGACUGUCAUGUCAAACACAGGCACUGAAUGCAGAAGAGCUUCACAGUUUUGUCCCAGGCGAGCUAUCUAAUAGUCUUUUUGGGGGGCCAUCCACCACCUCCUAGACUAACAUGUCUUGAGCAGCAGGAGUAAUGCUGACAAGUAGCCCCUGUAACCCUUUCAGAUAAAUAUCCUGAAAUAUAAUUUGAACUGAUUACCCAUCUUCCUCCACAAUUACGAGCUGUUUGCCUCAGUCAUAGUUGAAGCAUCCAGCCCUUAUCUUCUUUCAAGCCCAUUCAUGCUGCCCUCUGCAAUUUAGUGUCUGUCUCUUUGAGUGUGUUCUCUUUACCUUCCUGUUCUGAUGGAAGCCUGGUUCUUCCCUAAGGGCAUUGCUAUCUGCAUUCCUUCAAGUGGUAGUUUUGUCUCCGUCAACCCAUGUACUUCUCUGUACUGCUGUUUCUCCUUUAAUCAUCAAAAACCCAGCUCUUUUGAAAUGUAUAUCACUAGACUGCCGUCUAUUACCCAUCCAUGUUUUUGUCAUCUGCUGGCCUCCUGUCCACUCUCACUCACUAAAGUUUGUAGUACCCUGAAUAUUCCUGAGGAAUACAAAGAGGCAAUGUUUUUAGCCACAGACAUCUUGUUUAUAUACAGUUGCUCUUCUAUGGAAUAAAACUAUAUGUCUUUUUUUAGUUGGGAGGAAAAUAUGAAAUAAGAUCUCAUUUUGUAUAGCCUUGAUUAAAGGGAAAUGUGUAAGCCAAAUCUGCAUAGAGAGGAAAAUAUCUCCCUGGAUUUAGAGAGAUUUUGCAUAGAUGGUAUGUGCUGUGUUAAGUCUUAAACCCUUUCAUACCCAAUUAUUUUCUGUUUUGAAUUUUUUGUUGAUACCAUGUGUUUUAAUUAUGGAAGCAUGCUGAAUCUUUGAGUGUGUCUGAAUUUUUGAUAGCUAGUAUGGAUUUCUUUCUUGGCCCCUCCCACAACCCUAUCCUCAGAGUACCGUGGUAUAUAUGUGUACCCCUAAUUCUACCCUGGAUCCAGAGGUACAUAUGUGUACCAGUUAAAAAAUUUCAAACUCCAUAUUUUACCUAAAAAAAAAAAAAAAUCGAUUCAGCAUCACCUUAUAUAAUACUCUGUAAAUACAAACAGUAAUUUGCAGCACACGCUUAUUUCUUUGGUUUCAAACAGUCAUAAAGGUCUCCGCCAUGUGGCAGCAUGCACUAUCAGUGGGAAAGCAGCUUCCCAAUAAACCCCAGAGGCUGAAAAAGUAAGCAGUAACUAUAUGUACCGCCAGGGACAAAAGAGUUAACUUGGAGCUAAGAAGAAAAUUGAAACCAAAAAGAGCUUUAAGUUGCCAGAUAUUUCAGUUGAAUAAAAAUUCCUUAAAACUAAAUUUAAUUUCAGCUCUGUAUCCCCAGUGACAGAUUUCCUCUUUUGGUUUUUCUACACAAUAUGAGUAGAAAGUGAUGCUCAUAUUGUCAAAUUGUUUUUAAUAACUAAAUCCUUGUUAAUCACCUCUGAUAUUAUAAAACUGGAGUCAUGAAAGUGUUUUUGCAGAAAAUAUUGAUAAUUUCUCCAAUAAACAUCUAUUAUCCGUAGAGUUUUUUUUCUUCUUCUUUUUGCUCCCUUUUUUUGUGCAGAGUGGGGAGAAAACACUUAAAUCUGCGUUUCUUUAAGCAGCUGUUUUUGGGAUGAAGAAGUGAUUCUGGCUUGUCUCUGAUACAGACACAACAUGGAGUCUGUUACUUUCACAUGUGUAAUACUUAAUUCUCUCUAGCCAUUAGAAAUUUCCCUUCUGUUAUUUUCGUAGAGGACCUGUGUAGGCAUUUAGAGUCCCACCCCCACUACCUGGCCUCAUCUUGUGUUUCAAAUCUCUAUUAUUAUGUAGACUCAGUUGGCUGUAUAAAACCAGACAUGUUCCCUGAAGUCCACUUCUGUUCCAGAAGGUGGUUUAUGGGAGCGAAAAAACAAGAAGACAUAUUCGUUACUGGGCAGUGUAGAUACAGGACCUGACUAUUUCCCACUCCUACUGAUCAUUUCAAAUCCAGAUGGCACAAUUUGACUAUAUGGAUUGUAGGUAAGCAAAUAC